AUGUUCUGUUCAGGCGGGAUGUCGGCUUCAAACUCUUGCAGAAUAUUAUCUUCGCGCCUUUUUGCUGGUUGUUUGCAGCCAGCAUGUUGUUCUUUCACCAAAAAUCAUGCUUUUGGAGCUACAAAACUUGGUACAGCACCUGCUGUUCAGAGAACUGGAUUAUUGCCAUCUAUUCACUGGACGAUUGAACGUAUCUUAGCUGCUGGUAUGUUGCCGUUAUAUCCGAUUGCACUCUACAUGGACACUCCAAUGAUGAAUUUCAUAGUAAUUACUGCUGUUUCAACCCAUUCAUACUGGGGAUUUGAUGGAGUUAUUAAGGACUAUGCAUUCGAACGUCGUUAUGGUCCGGCAUUGAUGCCUAUAUUACGCACCUUAUGGAAAGUAAUAGCUGGCUUCGGUUACGGUGGCCUCUUAUACUUCAACUUUAAUGAUGUAGGAUUUAUUUCAGCUGUUAAAAGGCUUUGGGCAUUAUAAAAACAUAUUUUUCGCCUACAGUAUUACUUUAAUUUUUCCUUGAUCUCUGUAAAAUUACAUUUUGAAUUCGAAUAUUUUCUAAAUAAUUGUCAUUAUUCACCAACAUCUGUGUUUCUUGGGUUGAUUAGUUUAGUGCAUUACCAUGUAAUAAAUUUGACUACCCUCACCUGAGAACUAAU